CAUCGAUAGAUAUCAUCGUUCGACAGUUCCAGUUGUGUGGCGAAACCUUGCAAUAUCCAACUCAUCCUCAAAAUGAAGUCCCUGUUGUUCAUUGGCCUGAGCCUGUGCUUUGUAGGCGUCAUCGUCGCUUAUCCUGAACCCUUGCUGCUCGGAGGCCUCACCGAUAUCCUGUCAACCGUGUUGAACACAGUGAAGACCGCCCUCACGACCGUGGCCAAUUUAGUUAACCUGGUCAACACCGCCCUGGCCAAUGAUGUAGCCUCCGGAAAUGCUGCCCUGCAAACAGCUCUGACCAACGUCCAAACUGCCGCUCAAUCCAUCGAAUCCACACUGAAAAACAUUGUCAGCUCGACUCUCACUUCGGGACCGUCUACUCAGCUUAGCACUCUGUCGACACAGCUGUCGAACGCCCUGAACAACCUGAACUCCAUCGUCAGCCAAGUCGUUGCCGCUGGAAGCUCUGUCCCGGCAACAUUGGUUAACCAGCUGAACACUGCUCUGGCUACCGUAUCCAAUGUGGCCGCACAAGCCAAGUCUCAAGUCGGAUCCGUUCCAUCGCUUCUUGGUGGACUUGGUGGACUUCUGGGAUGAGUUUGAUAAUUAUGAAAUGUAUUGAAGUACGAGUAAUGGUCAAAUAAAAAUUGUUUCACGCAAUUGA